CCAAACCAAGCCACAUCGGUAAUGGCGGCCUCCUUACAUGCAAACUAGCCAUCAUGCCACCACAGCGCCAAAAGGAAAGAAAAUUGCUGUCGUAAAUAGUGUCUAGGUUUAGUUUUGCGUCGUGAGUGUUGGCUAGGCUGUUGCUCAAAGUAAACAGCUAACGCGGAGCCUUCGCACUGCAUCAACGACAGUUUUAAAGCUCCUCAUCUCGAGAGAACGCAGGGCACUCGGAGAACUGUUCUGCAAUGGAGAACUAUACGAAAGGGGAAUCGACCGAAGAGAGCUGCGGCCCACCACCUUUUAAAGAUCUUCGUGAUGACUUUGUUCACAUGAAAGUGCAGCCCAACAGCAAACUCAGAAACCUGCUAGAAUACGCCAAGAAAGCGUUCCAAGAUGAAACAAAAAGGCAGAUGGUGUUCACCGGCUCAGGUCACGCUCUGGCAAAAACCAUCACGUGCGUCGAGAUAAUGAAACGAAAGCACAAGGAGGUCCAUCAAGUGAACAAGAUCCUGUACAAGAAAGUCGAAGACUGCUGGGAACCGAAGUCGCCGGAAUUCGACAGGUUGAAGAUUGUCCGAGAAAUACCGACGAUUCACAUACUUCUGAGCAAGGAUCCAGUUGAUGCGACACAGCUAGGGUACCAGGCACCCGGCUGCACUGAUGGCAGCUGGUCUACAGAACAGAAGCCUCUGAAGUCGAGAAAGAAGCAGUUUCCAAAGAGGACACCUCGCAGGCAGAAGACGCAGCAGACUGCAGAGCAGUAAAUGUGCACUGGAGAGCAUACUUGUAAAUAAAGCAAUUUUGAA